AACUCGUCCAAGGUCCGCCAUUUCAGUUUUUUGAAGUUAGUUGCGACAAGUUCUAAGGUUUGAUUGAGAAUUGCGUUGAUGUAAAUUUCUAGUCCAGGAGAACUGUCCCGCCGGUUUUUGCCCUGAAAACCAUAGAGGAACUGCCAUUCGAAGUGUUCUUGCCUCUUUUAGACUUUUUCCUUCCAUCGUAGGGGGCUCGUAUGCCACACUGGUUAUUUGGGAUGUGCGUUGUUGAGCGCCUUCCCAGGCAGGAGUGAAAGUUUUCGUGUAUGAGUUGAGUCCUGGUGGCGGAUCGGGAGGCGAAAGGAAAGGCAGGGAAGUCCUCUGUGAAGCCUUGGUGCUGGAGCUGUCCGCCAUGGCUGGGAAUUUUGACGUCGAGGACCGUGAGAGCUGGUACUGGGGCAGGCUGAGCCGGCAGGAGGCGGUGUCCCUCCUGCAGGGACAGAGACACGGCGUGUUCCUGGUCAGGGACUCCAUCACCAUCCCGGGCGACUACGUGCUGUCGGUGUCGGAGAACUCCAAAGUGUCCCACUACAUCAUCAACAGCGUGAGCACCAACCGGCAGUCGGGCACAGGACAUGUCCCUUCUCGGUUUCGAAUUGGGGAUCAGGAGUUUGAUGCCCUACCAGCCCUGUUGGAGUUCUACAAGAUCCACUACUUGGAUACCACAACGCUAAUAGAGCCUGUAAGCCGGGCCAAACACUCAAGCCUGGUCAGUGGCAAUGCCGGUGUCAACCCCAUGAGGCCAGAGGAGUUUGAGUAUGUGCGAGCCCUGUUUGAUUUCCCUGGCAACGAUGAUGAGGACCUGCCGUUCCGCAAGGGUGAUGUGCUGCGAGUACUGGAAAAGCCUGAGGAACAAUGGUGGAACGCACAGAACUCAGAGAGUCGCACCGGGAUGAUCCCAGUGCCUUAUGUGGAGAGGUACCGGCCGGCCUCGCCAACUUCUUCGGCUUCCUCGGCCACUGGUGGCAUGACGUCCUUGGGCAAUUCUGAUGGCUCCAGCACCCAGCCCCUGUCUCCGGGAGAACCUGGUCCCUAUGCCCAGCCCAGCAUCAACACACCCCUACCCAACCUGCAGAAUGGACCUGUGUAUGCCCGGGCCAUUCAGAAGAGGGUACCCAAUGCCUAUGACAAGACCGCCCUGGCCUUGGAGGUGGGCGACAUGGUAAAGGUGACCAAGAUCAAUGUGAACGGGCAGUGGGAAGGCGAGUGCAAGGGCAGGCGUGGUCACUUCCCUUUCACGCAUGUGAGGCUGCUGGACCAACAAAAUCCAGAAGAUGAGCUGAGCUGAGGGUGAAGUGUUGGGGCAUUGGGGAGAGUGGGUCUCCCAUUCCUUCCUCUCUAUCACAGACGUAAUCUCUGGUCCGAGGUCUGUCUCCUUGUCUUUGUCGUUUUCAUCUUAGUACUUUUUUUUUUUUUUUUUUAGAAAUGACUGCUCUUCCUCCACUGUCCUCACUGGACAUUCUCAAAAAUCUAAUGGGAUUUUGCUCUUAUUCAUGUCAUUGGUGUUCAUUUUGGAUUGACCUACACACAUGCAUCCUUUUUGUUUAGUCUCUGACAAACUAAAGGACUUUUACUCUGCAUUGCCAACUACUAACACGGCCCACGGCGCCACAGGGAGGGGGAGUGAAAGGAUGGCUGCUUCUUCUAGAAGCGUGGGAACUGCAUUGAGCGACUUUCUAUGCUGGUUGAUUGCAGGAAAAACUACUGGGUCUGCUAAAGAAACUGUCAGGGUCUUUCUGCUGGGCUAUAGUCCAAACUGCAAGUCAUAAAACAAAUGCUUCAUGUUUUUCAAAUAAAAUUUAGUAGAAUUAAAAAAAAAAUAAAAAAUACAUCAUGUGCCAGCCAUUCACAUGGAUCAUUUUUGUUUCCUGUGUUCUAUGAACCAAAUCCCUUUUGGGUCCAUGAACAUUAUUUUGAAAGCAGGAGCAAGAACAAGAAUUGCCACCUUAAUUCCACUGGAUGAAAAGCAAAAUUCUGCAAGGUUCAGAAUGGAGACCUAUAUUCUUCAGUGGGAACCUUGUUUGAGGGAAUUAACCAAGGGCCCAGUGUUAGAACUACUGCAGCAAAUGUCUUCCGUUAUAAGUGCCAAUCCUCUGCCUGUGUCAGUCAUAAGGAGGGAUGUGCAGUGCAGCCGGUGCCCUUUUCUGUUGGACUGUCAUGGGAGAGAUACGGACUAUCUGGUUUAGAAAAAUGUUAUAGUUUAUGUGCCUGGGCUAAAGGUGUUGUGUGUUUUGCUGGUGAGGCAAGUGAUAACUGCUCAGUAUUACUUUGUUUGGUUUUGUUCCCCACCUCAUAUUCAGUGUCAUCACUAUAUUACCAUAUGUACAUGAUUUAAGAUCUAGGUAAACUAAGUAUGAGAACUGAGAUUUCAGGCAGAUUUCCAUUGAUUCUGCUGUCAUUAUUGUGCCUCAGUGUUCUGCUCCAGUGUUGUUUUUUGUUAAUUAUGCUGGCUGAUAUACCAUGUACCCUCAGUACUGCAGUUCCUCAGCCCGUGUCAGCUGAUGGCUAUGACAUCAGUCAGUCCUCUGGAAAAGACAAAUUGAUUUGCAUACUUUCUUACUGCUGAUAUUGUUGAUUGAUCAAUCACAUUUUUGAAUAGCAUUUCCUUACAACUUAAAAACAAGACUUGUACAGAUACAUUGCUGACUUUGGUAAACUACAUAAUUGGAACUUGGAGGGUGCAGUCACUACAUGUCGUCAUAAGCACUACCACUUCUAUGUACAUUGGGCACCUAAGAAUCAGCCAACCCUCAUCAGUUUUAUUUUAUUAACUCAAAUGCUGUACGUACACAUGUAAAAGUUUAAACACUAAGAAACAAUUCUACCAAUAUCUUCCUCUUAGUUCAACUGGGUUAUGAGAACUAACUUUGUUCAGUUUUAUAUUGACAUUGGGUCU